GGCGAGCUGCGCGGCGCGCUGGGUGCAUGUGGGGGCCGCAUCAGAGCCGUGGCCGCUGCAUCUGGAGUCACGCGUGCUGGCUAGAGAGCCCCUCGCGUGAAUCUGCAACAUCGCUGCUCGGGUUGGAGGAGUUCACUCUUUUUCUCCCGCUCCAGAAGCUGCUGCCGGCGUGAAGGAAGCCAGCAGGGCCCUAGGAAGAAGGUUAAAACCCCACGGAAGGAACAUGAAGUUCCCUUGGAGAUCAUUCAAGAGGACGAUGGAGGGAGGCAUUUAGAGUAAACCGAGUUAAAAACCACAGGCUGCCACCCUGGGGCCUGAGGGCUGGCAGUGGAAACGCCUGCUGGGCUGUGACCUCUCACUGAAAAGUCCCAAGUGCCUUUUUGCUUCCUGCAAAAGGAAGGAAGCCAAGGAAGAGACCAUGUCCAUAGCCCUGAAGCAAGUGUUCAACAAGGACAAGACCUUCCGGCCCAAGAGGAAGUUCGAACCCGGCACACAGAGAUUCGAGCUGCACAAACGGGCUCAGGCAUCCCUCAACUCGGGUGUGGACCUGAGGGCAGCUGUACAGUUACCGAGCGGGGAGGACCAGAACGACUGGGUGGCUGUGCACGUGGUGGACUUCUUCAAUCGCAUCAACCUCAUUUACGGCACGAUCUGUGAGUUCUGCACUGAGCGGACCUGCCCUGUGAUGUCGGGGGGCCCCAAAUACGAGUAUCGGUGGCAGGAUGACCUCAAGUAUAAGAAGCCAACCGCACUGCCCGCUCCCCAGUACAUGAACCUGCUUAUGGAUUGGAUUGAAGUCCAGAUAAACAAUGAGGACAUAUUUCCAACAUGUGUCGGCGUUCCCUUCCCAAAGAACUUCCUCCAGAUCUGCAAGAAGAUCCUGUGCCGUCUUUUUCGGGUGUUCGUCCACGUCUACAUCCACCAUUUUGACCGCGUCAUUGUGAUGGGUGCAGAGGCUCACGUCAACACCUGCUACAAACACUUCUAUUACUUUGUCACAGAGAUGAACCUCAUAGACCGCAAGGAGCUGGAGCCCUUGAAAGAGAUGACAACCAGGAUGUGUCACUAACACUCCACCCCAUCUUCUGGAAGGAAGGAACACUGUUUCUCCCAGGAGUCCCCAUGGGACAGAAAGUGGUCCUCUGUGAAUGAAAUGAUCCCGGAGCAGGAAAGCUGCAGCCCCACAAGGACUUCUGAAAGACGUUCCUUACCUACUUCACGUGCUCUUAACCCUCUAAGUGCUGCUAGCCAGGACCUGUGGGCCAUACAGACCACAGCAUGAAGGACCAGCCUUAACCCCUUGGGCCAAGGACAGUGCAGGAGAGGUUGCUGCACUUCCGCCCACAUCACACUUCUGCCCGUGACCGGUCCUCUAGGCUUUACUGGAAUUCAGGUUUUGAGACUGAGGGGUUUUGUUGUGGUGGUUCUUUUCCAUUUAUGUCUUGUCAGACUUCUGGACUAACUUCUCUGUCACUUAUUUUUCUAAGUUCUAGGCACACGCGUACCAUAUAGACAGUACGUUUCCUAUCCCAUCUCUCCUCGACUCCCUGCAGGCUCCAUAACCUUAUAUGGAGCUUGGAGCUGGGGAAAGGCCACAGUUCUUCUGGUAGCAUCCGUGCCAUUUCCCUCAUGGGCAGUUUCACCAGAAACCGCUGACUCGAUGGGUGACAUGAUCUGUGUCCCUGGACAGGCCAUUCACAUGCUAACCUUUGGAAAGAGUCUGGUGACUGGAAAUAAAGCUGGUGUGUUAUCAGUUUACCCUAGUUGGAAUGCAUUUGUUGUAGCCACAGUCAUUUCUAGAUGCUUCCAUUUAAGAUGUGCUUUCCCAUUCCCCAGAAGAGAGGAAAUGGUUUUAAAAUGACCAGUAAGGUCCUUGAGCCAGAUUAGUGCAGUGUUUGUUCUUUAUUGAGGGCUAGUGAGUCCCGGCUGAUCCUACAUAUUAUAUUAUGGAGGUUUCAGCAAUAAGACAGCAGACAGUUGGUACGUGUAUAUUAAAUAC